UAAGCGUUGAAGUUGAACGUUGGGCCUCUCCACUACUCCUGAAAUGUGCGAAACGAGAGUGAAUCUUCCGUUAGAACAUGGAAAGAUAUAUUGCCAUGAUUUUCGUUUUGUCUUUUCUGCAUUUCACGAUCAGUGGAGCGACGCCCGUUAUUUACAUAGUCUAGCAGGUGUUUCAGCCCGCGUUCGCCCUCUCCUUGCUCUUCACGACGGGGUUCGAAAUUCCCGCUCUGCAACCAUCGGUCUGACGGUACUUUUUGCUGGAGGGAAGCUCCCGCCGGAAGCCGGAAGACUGCUUAACCGCGGAAGAGAGCGCCUCUUCACUGUCGUUGGCGCGGCACACAGGGGAGAAAACGGGAAAGAUAGGAAAUUAAUCAAGGGAAGAUUUGAAAUCAAGGAAUGAUGAGAAGAUCGUAACCGCUACCUACCGGUAGUCGCUGUGCAUUGCAGUCGCAAGCGUCGUGCAAAGCACGCUCGCUUUUCUGUGUCCCACAGCAGAUAGCAGAUCAGAUCAGAGCGUGACGAGAGGUUCGCGUUCUCACUGGAAUUGGACCCUCCUGUACGGACGAAGUACGGGCAAGAUGCCGAAAGUGAGGACUGUACGGACGAAGUACCCUGAGGGGUGGGAGCUCAUUGAACCUACUCUACGAGAGUUGGAGCAAAAGAUGAGAGAAGCUGAGAAUGAAUCUCAUGAGGGAAAGCGCAAGUGUGAGUCACUCUGGCCUAUCUUCAAAAUCUCUCAUCAGAAGAGUCGCUACGUUUACGAUCUGUUCUAUCGGAGGAAAGCCAUUUCCAAAGAGCUGUACGAGUUUUGCCUUAGCCAAGGCUAUGCCGACCGCAAUCUGAUCGCCAAGUGGAAAAAGAAUGGCUAUGAGAAUCUUUGCUGCCUACGUUGCAUACAACCACGCGACCAUAACUUUGGGACUACAUGUGUCUGCCGUGUCCCCAAGCAUUUGAGGGAAGAGAAAGUCAUAGAGUGCAUCCACUGUGGGUGUCAUGGGUGUGCUAGUGGUGAGAGAUGAUUUUUUUUCCCGUAGGGACAGUGGAGAUCUUCACUGCAUUCACUGCACAGAGCAGGAGGACCAAUGUUUUUUUUUUUUGGCUAAGUAACAAUAGAGAGUACAGGAGAACACCGAUUGCAGGCAAGAGUGCUGCUCUAUUACAGAUGUGCGGAGAGUGCCAGCUUGACAGAUGGGUGAAUUUGUACCCUUUCACAUGCUGCAUAGUAGUUGUGUGACGACAUCUGACAGAUGGGUGAAUUUGUACCCUUUCACAUGCAUAGCAGUUGUGAGAUGGCAUCUGACAGAUGGGGGAAUUUGUACCGUUUCACAUGCUGCAUAGUAGUUGUGUGACAACAUCUGACAGAUGGGUGAAUUUGUACCCUUUCACAUGCAUAGGAGUUGUGUGACGACAUCUAACAUAUGAGUGAAUUUGUACCCUUUCACAUGCUGCAUAGGAGUUGCGCGAUGGCAUCUGACAGAUGGGGGAAUUUGGACCCUUUCACAUGCUGCAUGGUAGUUGUGCGAUGACAUCUGAGUACGAACUGUUCUCCUCUAAAGGGGUAUGCCAACCCCUCAUCCAUGGGAUUUACAGAAGCUUCGCAGGGUUGGCUUCAUCAGUCGAUUAUCUCCAGCUGCCUCUUGCCUGAGCCAUGGUUUGCUGCUCCAUUUGGUUCUGCCAGUUUCACAAGCUGGUAGUCCUGUCCAUUUCUCGUAGUAAUAUCCAGUCCGUUUUCUCCACUCGCUCGGGCAGUGUAUGUACCAAACGAGAGGCAGAGCUCGGCGUGGUGCAGCUUGCGUUGAUGUUCCUCACCGCACGUUGGCUGUAUGUGCCGAUCCAUUCCCCGAGUUGUCUAGGGGCAUGUAGGGAAUGACCACAGCAUUGCUGUGUUUUUCUGCAUCUGUUUCUUUUCACCUGUUAUUUCUCUGUCUGCCUUUUUGCAUCUGUUCUUUGCGCCACUUUUUUACUUCCAUGGUAGGAUGCAAUGCUAGAGAUCUAUCCCACUGUAGUGUCUGGGAGCAAUGGAGCGAUGAAGCCAUUCAUGAAUGGAAGAGAGAAAGCUCGUGUGUCUUGUUUAAGUGGACAAGCCGUCAAGUGCUGACCGUCAGGAAAGAGCAGGGCAGAUCAACGCUAUCUUCACACACAGCCCCAUUGAUUGCAAACCGGUUACGGUCGGGUUACCUCCUAUCACCCACACUUCUCAGAGAAUCACAGGUAUUGUGCCACUGCACUUAUUGUUCAGUUUCUAGCUCUUUGUACAGUAAUUUUUAUACCUGUUACGGAGGGGGAAAUAGUUUUGUAUUUCAAGCGGACAAAUAUCUUGCUCAUUCUUGAACAGCAUGGCACCGCCGAUUCUUCAAGGCUAGGAAUCUGAAUCCCAUCUUUUGACCUUGAGCUCAGUAAUGCCCUGAGCACUU